ACGGAGCCUCUUCCGGGUGACGUCACGGCGCCCCGCCCCCCGGUGUGCGCGAUGACGUCGUGGGCGAUGUGAGAAGGGGGGGGGCGCGCUGAUAAGAUGGCGGCUGGAGGGUCCCGGGGAGAGCUCUGGAAACUGGGAUAACUUGUGGCCUGACAACUCUUCUCCUCUCCCCGAGAUGUCCAACCAUUUACAAUGAACAGCAAGGAUUGCGCCGAGCUCUCAGAAAACGGCCACCACAUCAAGGUUUUUCUACCCAAGAAGCUGCUGGAGUGUUUACCCAAGUGUACUACUUUACCGAAGGAGAGGCUGCGCUGGAACACUAAUGAGGAGAUCGCCUCUUACCUUAUUACCUUUGAGAAACAUGACGAAUGGCUUUCUUGUGCCCCCAAAACCAGACCACAGAACGGUUCCAUCAUCCUUUACAACCGCAAGAAGGUGAAAUACCGCAAAGAUGGCUACUGCUGGAAGAAGAGGAAAGACGGCAAGACCACGCGGGAAGACCACAUGAAGCUGAAGGUGCAGGGCAUGGAGUGUCUGUACGGGUGCUACGUCCACUCGUCCAUCGUCCCCACCUUUCACCGCCGCUGCUACUGGCUCCUGCAGAACCCCGACAUUGUUCUGGUCCACUAUCUCAAUGUUCCGGCCAUCGAGGACUGCGGGAAGAUCUGCGGCCCUAUUCUCUGCUCCACCAGCAGCGACCGCAAGGAAUGGAUGAAAUGGAGCAAAGAGGAAUUGAUCAGUCAGCUCAAACCUAUGUUUCACGGCAUUAAAUGGUCCUGCAGCAACGGAAAUGGAACAAGCGAAUUCUCCAUAGAGCAGCUGGUGCAGCAGACGCUGGAGACGCACCAAGCCAAGCCGCCUCCUCGCACUCACACAUGUCUGUGUAACACCAAUCUGGGGUCGGCGGGGGGCGCUCCUCACAAAUGCACCAGUACGAAGCACCGCAUCAUCUCUCCAAAGGUGGAGCCUCGACUGUGCCCGUUCCCAGCCCUCACCGAGGUCCAGAACAUUUCAUCAUCCUCGGCAGAGCCAGACCAAGGCAAAGACCGGAGGCCAGGAAAUAAGUGUAGCAAGACGCCUUCUGGGAAUGACCCCAGCUCUUCACAUUCCUUCCCCCCACUCCCCGACACCACCCAGACCUCCCCGCCUCUGGCUCUCACCAAUGGCUUCUACACUGACCGAGAACUGGCUGGGGUUACCAUAACCACCACCCCAGGUGUUCCCGGCAUCAGCGCAGUGCUAGUGAUGACCGGAAUCCCCGAAAAGCCUCUGACAUUGACGCCAAGCCAGCAUCUGAUGCCUGCUGAUUCUGGAACUCAGCCUGCCGCUAUACCUGUCGGUAUUUCCCUUUUGCCCUCACCCGUGGAGGGUCUUCUGCUUUCCUCAUCUCAUAGUCUGGAGGUAGCAAUGGAGGCAGCUCCUGGAGGCAGUGCUGGAAUGUUCGACCCCGACUCCUUCCUUAAUAGUCCAAAGGAAGGCCAGACUUACGGAGGAGCAGCUAAAAUUGGGGAUUUCAAGUCGGAGACAAACGAUGGAGGGGUUUCAGGGUCCCGGGUCAGUAGUCUUAUGGAAUCAAGUGAGCUGUCGCAAUCUGACCUGGUUGCCAAGGUGGAGGAGGAAAAUUCACGUGUGGAGAAGACGGCGAUGGAAGAGCAGAGUCGCAAGGUGGAAGAAAAUGUCAGCCAUAGUUCAGAGGUGGAGAUGGAGGAUUCAAGAGAAGGGCAGGUCAGCUCCAGCGAUGAAGUCCGGACAGAAGUCGUGUCCACCGUGGAAAGCCAAGAAGAUGGCGAAGCUCAAGGAAGCCACAUGAAUGACCUUUACUCUAUCAUCCAGAAUGACUUGAGCUCUUCUUCUGGUGCUUCCAGCGUCCACAUGGAGCUCUCCGCCGAAAACUUCAAUAUCUCUUUUGACAGUCAGUUUCCGGACCUCAUCUCUGACCUGAUGACGGAGGAACCUGCCCCAGGGGGGUUUGAACAGUUUGGAGACCCGCAAGCCAGUUCUUCUCCAGCCCAGGACGUUUACGGACAGCAACAGCAAGUGCAGCAACAACCUCCGACUCAGCAGAUGCAGCCCAUGAACACAGGCAACUCCGCAGUCACUGACUCUUUUUCAGAUGUGGUAGAUGGAUCCAUAGGACUGGUGGGGAUCACCGAUUUUUCACCAGAGUGGUCCUACCCAGAGGGUGGUGUCAAGAUUCUUAUAACGGGACCAUGGGUGGAGGACUCGGACUCCUAUUCCUGCGUGUUUGAUCAUGUGUCUGUCCCUGCAUCUCUUAUCCAGUCAGGGGUCCUGCGCUGCUACUGCCCAGCUCAUGAAGCCGGCCUGGUCACGCUGCAGGUCAUCCAGCACCAGCACGUCAUCUCGCACUCCGUCAUCUUUGAAUAUCGCACUCGUAACUUCCUGUCUCUGCCCAGCACCCAGCUGGACUGGCUGUCCCUGGACGAUAAUCAGUUUAGGAUGUCGAUUUUGGAGCGUUUAGAGCAGAUGGAGCGCCGGAUGGCAGAUAUGAGCUCGGGGCAGCUCCAGCACCCGCCAGCUCCGUCCAGCGGCCAUCGAAGCGGAGACAGUCAGAUGUCAUCUUCAGACUCCUUCGAGGCCAGGCUGGUCGCCGUUUGUGAAAAAAUGAUGUCACAGACCUGCUGGGUGACGUCGGACCUUCUGGCCCAUGAGAUGAGCUUCCGGGGGAUGACCCUGCUCCAUCUGGCUGCCGCCCAGGGCUACGCCAGGCUCAUCGAGACUCUCAUACAGUGGAGGAGCAUCCAUUCUCAGAGUUUGGUGGUGGAGUUGGAGGUGGAUCCUCUGAACGUCGAUCACUUCUCAUGCACUCCUCUGAUGUGGGCCUGCGCUCUUGGGCACACGGAAGCUGCCACCCUCCUCUUCCGCUGGGACUGCCGGGCUCUCUCUAUACCAGACUCCUUGGGCCGCUUUCCUCUUGGAGUGGCCCGUUCUCGAGGACACGUCAAAUUGGCCUCCACUCUAGAGGAGAUGCAGAGGCAGGAAGCGGCGCCGGGAAACUUCACCGAGUUGCAUUCCGUCAGUUGGCACUCAUUGAUUGGAAGCCAGGAGAUUGGCCGAGGGCUCUCCCCACUGUCUACAAGUGCAGACACCGGUCUCAGCAGUCUCCCGUCUCCCUCUGAGGUGUCGGACGGCUCCAUUUCUGUCACUUCGGCCUACUCCAGCAGCUCCGCUCUUCGUGGCUCGCUUGACUGUAGCCCAGAGAGCAGUCAGGACGCUCCUGUAGUGUCGUCCCCAAAUUCCAGGCUCCUGGGGGCUGCCUCCUGGGACUUGGAGGACCCGGUGGAACAAGGCCAGUACCUGGGCUCGCCUGGAGUGGUUGAUGCGGAUCUCCUGGAAUACAGAGAGGAUACAGAAAACCGGGACUACCUGCAGGUUGAUAUGGUCACCCUCGCAGAACAGAUCAUAGAGGCCACUCCGGACCGCAUCAAGCAGGACGAUUUCACCGCCUCCGACUCCGUUCCGCUGAGAGAGAGAUCGGGCAACCUUAGCAAGACGAUGGCAUGGCUGGCCAGCUACCUGGAUACCGCUGAUCAGAUGCCGGGCUUACCUCCACAUGGAGAGGGGAUGCGGGCAGCCCGUGCCUUGGCUCGCUUUGCUCAGAUGAGCCCAGGAGAGGACGGAAGCAGCCUGGGGUCACACUCCGACGUCGGAGCCUUUGGGCAGAGAAGCAAACGGGUGAACAGAAGGUCCAUGGAGGGCUUACGCGUCAAAGUGACCAGGUCCGAGGCUCCACCGUCCCCCACAACUCCUCCUCCCUUGGGAGAAAUUUCCUUUGAGCGGUUUGACCCUCCCGGCGCAGCCAGAUGGUCCGAGUUCCUCAGUGCCUCAAGCAGCGGACGGAUGGAGAGCGAGUUUGCUCUGCUGACCCUCUCGGACCACGAGCAGCGGGAGCUCUACGAGGCAGCCCGUGUUAUUCAGACAGCCUUUCGCAAGUACAAGGGACGGCGGUUAAAGGAACAGCAGGACCUGGCGGCUGCCGUCAUUCAGCGCUGCUAUCGGAAGUACAAACAGCUGACAUGGAUUGCUCUGAAGUACGCGCUGUACAAGAAGAUGACGCAGGCGGCCAUCUUGAUCCAGUCCAAGUUCCGCAGCUACUACGAGCAGAAGCGUUUCCAGCAGAGUCGCAGAGCAGCCGUGCUGAUUCAGCAGUGUUACAGGAGCUACAGAGAGGGGGCCCGCGGGGGACCGGCCUUACAACAUCGCCUCAAGGGGUCGUUCCUGACGAAGAAGCAGGACCAGGCUGCCCGUAAGAUCAUGCGGUUUCUGCGACGCUGCAGCCACAGGAUGAAGGAAUUAAAGCAAACUCAAGAUCUGGAGUGUUUACAGAAGAGGGGGCUGGCCAAAUAACCCAGAGCUCCCCGUCCCCCAUCUCCGGAGCCCACCGCUGGAAACCCGCACACUGCCGGAUGGGAGCCCGCCCGCCCGCCAGAGGGGCCACCACUCCCCAGCCUCGCGCAUGAGAACGAGUGUGACUUAUUGUAUAUAUGUUGCAUGUGAACGGCUGUGAGUCGAUGUGACCGCAUGUAUGUACAGAUGUAAAUAAUCUUGCUGGCGUGUGCUAAGGUCAGCACCCCCCCCCGUGACCACUCACCCCUUGUACUCUACGGCCCGGCAU